AUGGUCACUGGCAAUAAAACUACUGUGACCCACUUCAUCAUCUUGGGGUUCCCAAGUCUGAAGAAGCUCCAGCUUCUCCUCUUCUUUGUGGGAUUGGUUGUUUACAUCUUGACCUUGUGUGGGCACAUCAUCAUUAUCAUCAUAGUACGCAUUGACCAACGUCUCCAGAUACCCAUGUAUUUCUUCCUCAGCAACUUUUCCUUCCUGGAGAUAUGGUACACAUCUAAUAUUGUUCCCAAGAUGCUAGAAGUAUUCCUAGCGAAAAACACAUCUAUCACAUAUGCUGGCUGCAUUACUCAACUAUAUUUUCUUAUUACACUUGGUACAGCGGAAUGUUUCAUUCUGGCAAUCAUGGCGUUUGAUCGCUACUUGGCCAUAUGCAAUCCUCUGCGAUACCCAACACUCAUGAAUAACAAAAUUUGCCUUCAACUGGCUGUAUGCUCUUGGAUUGGUGCCUUCAUAGUUAACAUCCCCCCACUGGUUGCACUGUGUCGGCUGCCAUUUUGUGGACCCAAUAAGAUCAACCACUUCUUUUGUGAUGCACCACCUUUACUGAAACUCUCUUGCAUAAACCCACAUGAAGCUGAACUGUCUAAUUUCAUUGUGGCCACUAGUGUCAUUGUUAGUUCCUUCCUCCUCAUUCUGGUGUCUUACAUCUUCAUCAUAAUCACUGUUCUGAAAAUCCCCUCAUCGACUGGUCGCCAAAAAGCCUUCUCAACUUGUGGUUCCCAUCUGGCUGUAGUAACCAUUUUCUAUGGCACUCUGAUGUUCAUGUAUGUCCGCCCAACCUCAAACUUUUCCAUCAAUUCAGUGAACUUCAACAAAAUUGUGUCCAUGUUCUAUACUGUGGUCACUCCCAUGCUAAACCCAAUCAUAUAUUGCCUGAGAAACAAGGAGGUCAAAGAUGCUCUGAAGAAAGCAAUUAAGGGGAAGUUGUGUUCCUACACAACUCAAGCAACAUUAUAA